AUGGCGGUGAGCCGCUUCCGCUCCACGGAUGCCGAACGUCUCCGGGACGAUCCCCUGCUGGGGGAAACAAACUACACAUGCCACGAGUGCGGGAAAAGCUUCACUCAGCGCUCAAACCUUAUCAGACAUCAGAGAAUCCACACAAGAGAGACGCCCUACACGUGCGCUGAGUGCGGGAAAAGCUUCAGUCAGCGCUCAAACCUUAUCACACAUCAGAGAAUCCACACAGGAGAGACGCCCUACACGUGCUCUGAGUGCGGGAAAAGCUUCAGUCAGCGCUCAAGCCUUAUCACACAUCAGAGAAUCCACACAGGGGAGACGCCCUACACAUGCGCUGAGUGCGGGAAAAGGUGCAGUCUGCGCUCAAACCUUAUCAGACAUCAGAGAAUCCACACUGGGGAGAUGCCAUACACGUGCGCUGAGUGCGGGAAAAGCUUCAAGCUGCGCUCAAUCCUUAUCACACAUCAGAGAAUCCACACAGGGGAGACGCCCUACACAUGCUUUGAGUGCGGGAAAAGCUUCAGUCAGCGCUCAAGCCUUAUUAUACAUCAGAGAAUCCACACAGGGGAGACGCCCUACACGUGCUCUGAGUGCGAGAAAAGCUUCAGCCAGCGCUCAAACCUUAUCACACAUCAGAGAAUCCACACAGGAGAGCAGCCCUACAUGUGCGCUGAGUGCGGGAAAAGCUUCAGUUGGCGCUCAAACCUUAUCAAACAUCAGAGAAUCCACACAGCGGAGACGCCCUACAAGCCCUACACAUGCGCUGAGUGCGUGAAAAGCUUCAGCCAGCGCUCAAACCUUAUCACACAUCAGAGAAUCCACACAGGAGAGACGCCCUACACGUGCGCUGAGUGCGUGAGAAGCUUCAGUCGGCGCUCAAACGCACGCUGCAACACCGGCACCACGUGCCUCGGCACCAGCAACAGCAGCGGUGCCAACAGCGCAUUCGGCACCGACACCAAGAACAGCCGUGCUGCUUUCAGCCUGGUCAAUUUCAGCGCUGAAAGCAGCCGCGAUCCCGCCAGCGCGCUCUGCCUCAGCAACAAAAAUAGCCGCGGUUCCGACAGCUCGAUCAGCCUCGGCACCGAGAACAGGGUCGGCACCCAGCCACUCUGCUACCCGUGCACUAGCAGCAGAUCCCUGCAGGGGCGUCCAAGCACAAUACAACAGGAGACUCUCUGUCACUCUCGCCUAGUGAACAGCUACAGCAGAGAGUAG